AUGCUGGCCAAAAAAGAAAUCACCGAUAAGAUCCUCUCGCUUCUAAGGACGCUCCCCAAGGACAGAAUCAACCACUACGCCUCCUUCAAGGACGUGCAGAUCGAGCGUUUUCUGAAUCCUGAAAAAAUCGCCAAAAUCUCCGAACAAGACUUGAAGUUGCAGUAUGUUUCGCUCCGGGACUUGGUCAACGACAAGUACAAGAACUUGUACAAGCUUGACGAUAAGCUUUUGAAGCCCAAGGGUAAUCCACGCUACUACGACCGUAUUCUCUCUGAGAUCAAGGGAGAGAAGAAGGAGACCUGGGGUGAUGCCAUAAGAACCGUUUGGUACGGUAAGUAA